AGAAACAAAUUAAUAUGGUUGUACCUGAUGUACCUAGUCAAGAAAAUGGUCAUUUUCAGGGUUUUGAAGAAAAGGAUGUACUAUUAUGUUUGAAGUCAUUAAAUCCAACACACAGCCUUGGUCCAGAUGGUGUACCAAGCAUUCUUCUCCAAAAGUGUGCAGACAUCCUGUGUCAUCCUCUUACUCAAAUCUUUAACGCAUCAUUUAAGAGGGAAACGGUACCUGCUGACUGGAAAGAAAUCAAGGUUGUACCUGUACAGAAAUCAUCUUCUGGAGCAGGUAUAAAAUUUAGACCAGUCGCUAUAACAUCUCCUUUUUUGAAAACUAUGGAGAAACUUCUUUUGUAUAUUCUUAAACCUUCUUUAAAAGCUUUUAAUGACCCUAAGCAGUUUGCUUAUAAGUGUGGAAGAAGUACAUUAGAUGCAGCCAUUGUACUACACCACAAUAUUGUUUCCUGCCUUGAUAAGGGCGCUAAGUUCGUUCGAACAGCUUUCUUAGACUAUACUGCAGCUUUCGACUCUGUUUCUAGGACACUUUUAUUAGGAAAGAUGAUUUCAGCACAAACAGAGUCCUGGGCAACUAGAUGGCUGUCUUCUUAUUUUAAGGAUAGGAAACAGCAUACUGUUUUGGCUGGAAAGCGCUCCACUUCCCAGCUAACUGAAAGUGGUGUGCCUCAAGGUGCAGUACUUUCUCCAUUUCUUUUCUCUUUCUUUCUGCAUGACCUUCCGAACUCACCCAAAGUUAACUUCAUUAAGUAUGCUGAUGACCUGACCGUUUCUGUCCCUGUAGUUUCCACAUCGGAUUGUUCCUAUAUGAAUGGCUUCCUAGCUGAAGUUAAGGAUUGGUCUGGCUCAAAUGGCCUUAAACUAAAUCCAACUAAAUGUAACACUGUUGAUUUUAGCUUGAGAAGUGAAAAAGUCAUGCAUGGAUUGAUUCAAUCUCAUGAUUGUUGUAAUAUUGAUGGUACCAUGAUAGAGAGUAAGUCAAGUGUUUCUUAUCUUGGCAUUAGUUUCUCGUCAAAUCUUUGCUGGUCGUCUCAUAUUCUUAUAGUUUCUAAGAAAGUUUUCCGUCUGACUUAUUACAUAAAGAAGUUGAGACACUCAGGUAUAACUCAAUCUCUUAUCAUACAAUUUAUUAAUUCAUGUGUUUUGCCCAUCAUUCUUUAUUGUUCUCCAUUAUUCUUCCCUGGGCUACUCAAGAAAGAUCAUAUAAUACUACGAAGAACAUUGAGGGCUGUAAGUAGGGUCAGUGCUAUCCCUUUGACUGAACUAAAUGACACUGUUGUCAAUAGGCAUAUGAAUUCUUGUAAACACUUAGCUAAAGUUAUCUUAUCUGAUAGUGAACAUCCUCUUUAUUCACAAUUAUUUCCUUGUAUCUCUUCGGGUAAGACCAGAAGAAAUUUUAUAAACAUUUAUGCUCGUACUACAAAAUAUAAAAAUUCGACCGUUCCAUAUUUGGCACGAGUAUUGUGUGAAGAGACAAAUAUCAGAAAAGAACUUUUACAACUUUUGAAUCAGUAACUAAACUAUAAAAUGUAAUGAUGCAUAUUAAUGCAAGUGUUAUUUGUUAUAUUAUUUAUUUAUUAUUCACUAUGACCUAGAAAUGGUAUGAUUUUGUUGGGUUUUUUAUUUAUAUUUAUUUUUAUUAUUUUUUCCUAUUAACUAUCAAUAUUUUAACAUUUUAUAUAUUUAUAUAAUUAUAAACAGAGCUAAACCAUUGCAAUAUGUAAAAGAAACGCUGAAAAUUCCAUGCUGUAAAUUGUUAUUGUUGUGGAAUAAAGUGAUUAUUAUUAUUAUUAUUAUAUAUUAUUAUUAUACAUGUAA